AGCCUCCAGCGUGGUUAGAGUUAAUUCCCAUUAGGUUGGACUCCGCCCCUCUCUCCCAAAGGUAAAGCAAGGUUUUCAGGCAUCACUGCAAAGAGCAGCUGGGAUUCCCAUCCCUGUAUGACAAGCUGUGAAGAGAAGUUGUUGCUCAGAUCUGAACCCGAAGAGAGGGAACAAGUCAGUCAGUCUUCAUGGUCAGAAGGAUAGUGACUACAGAACUCUGAACCAAGCAGAAGGAAAGAAAGAUGGAAAGCAGGAUCCCAAAAGGACCCAAAUUGUCUUUGAGAGGCUAAUCUCAUGCAGAAGCAAGGGCCAAGUGGCAUAUAAAUGAACCCCAGGACUGGUCGUUUAGAUGAAAAAAUCAGCCUGUGGAACCUACAUGCUAACUUUUCCAUUUGGUAUUGUGACCCAACUGAUCUUCCCAUCCCUGCAGAGAAACCUGAGACCAUGAGGAGCAGCUUGACCUUGGUUGGGACCCUCUGGGCUUUCCUGUCCCUUGUUACUGCUCUGGCCAGUUCUACUAGUUACUUCCUGCCUUACUGGCUCUUUGGAUCCCAGUUGGGGAAGCCAGUGUCAUUCAGCACAUUCCGGAGAUGCAACUACCCUGUACGGGGAGAGGGGCACAGUCUGAUUAUGGUUGAAGAAUGUGGGCGCUAUGCCAGCUUCAGUGCCAUACCAAGUCUGGCCUGGCAGAUGUGCACAGUGGUAACAGGUGCUGGCUGUGCUCUGCUGCUCCUGGUGGCACUGGCUGCUGUCUUGGGCUGCUGCAUGGAGGAACUCAUCUCCAGAAUGAUGGGACGUUGCAUGGGAGCAGCACAGUUUGUAGGAGGACUCCUGAUAAGCUCAGGCUGUGCAUUAUAUCCUUUAGGAUGGAAUAGCCCGGAGAUAAUGCAAACAUGUGGGAAUGUCUCCAAUCAAUUUCAGUUAGGUACCUGUCGCCUUGGCUGGGCCUAUUACUGUGCUGGAGGUGGAGCAGCUGCAGCCAUGUUGAUUUGCACCUGGCUCUCUUGCUUUGCUGGAAGAAACCCCAAGCCAGUCAUGUUGGUGGAAAGCAUCAUGAGGAACACCAAUUCUUAUGCUAUGGAGCUUGACCAUUGCCUAAAACCUUGAGCUUUGAAAGAAGACUGGUUGGAGAGGGUGGCAAAGGGAAGGGAAGGGAACUCUGAAAAGAAGUACUAAGACUGAGCCAGUUGGCACCCAUCUGCCAGUAGCAUACGCUAGUGUUUGCCUGUUUUUUUUUAACCCACCUGACAUUCAUUUUCUUUUUUUCCAUAAGCCAGUUGGCCUGUAGCUAUUUAAAAAAACUCAUCUAAAGUAAUGAUUUUCUCAAAUAUUAAUCCAACCAAGGUAUUUUACAGACCCCCAAGCCCCAAAGUUUUCCUUUAAGCAAAAUAAGGAGAAGCUCUCCACCUGAAAGAUAAUUGCACAAUCAAACAGUCCUUCAGAAUUCUGUAACUCCUGUCUUCCACUUACCUUAAAGCUUAAAGGCUGAGUAAGAAUAGUUGUACAGUGAGGGAUCAGGAGAUGGACAGUUCAUAUCACUCCAUUUAUAUGUCCCUUUCCUUGAUAUUUUUGCCACUGUUAAACAUCUCUGGAACAAUGCUGCCCAAAUUGUUUUGACUUUCUCACAUCUAUACCUUCUGUAUUUUUUCCUUUCUAGUUGUGGGGAAGCUUGGUGGGAAGGCAACUUGCAGUGGUGAAAACAUUAAUCAAUGAUGUUUGCAUAUAGUCUGGGACCCCUCCUGCAUAUAUGCAUUAGAAUAUUCAUAGGAAUUCAUUUUGUGUUCUAUUUAAGUGAUUGGCAUUAAAAUAUAGUGGCAAGUAUUCCCCAAUCCCUUAUAGAUACAGAAAUGAUGUUCAUCAAAUGUUCUGAGAAGAGACUAACAUUCGUUGGGCAUUCAAUAAAUAUGAAUUCAGAAUAAUGAUGA